CUUUGUUAUUCUCGUGUAAGUGAAGCUGAGUAGAUGUAGAUGGUACAUAUAGGUACCUUUUUAUCCUUGUACUUCGUACCUAACCUACAUACACUACAUGCAUGUACCAUGUAUAUUCCACUCAAGGUAGCUCCGCUCUACCGCCUCCACAUUUUUUUAAAGUGCACGGUGCUCUUCGCAGCCAGUUGCCAGUUAGACACCUUCCAUUCUUUCAAGUUGUCUCCUCUCAUUCUAACCCAUCCAGCCGCCCAUCCAGCAGCUGCCAUCCCCCAUCACACCUCGAUCUUCUGCAUCAAUCACUUGUCAGCUUUAAUAAAAACCAAAAGCAAAGUGAUACGGGCAUAAUACUACCCGUCCUUUCUGCUACCCGCGCAACACAAGGACUACUUCCUCUUUUUUUUUCCAACCACCAGUUUUAUAGCCGGCCUAUCUCUUACCCUCCAUCCAAUUUUUUUCGCCGCUUUCGUUGCCCGCAUUUUUCGAUAAACUCCAGGUUUUCCUCUCUCGUCGGGGUUUUCCCUUCUGCUCCGCGGCCUCGUGCCAACUUUUUUUUUUUCUCACGCAACCCACCCACGAACCAUCUGAUUCGGCAAACAAUUCGUCCAGGCAUUUCUUACUUGGUUCCUCGUGAUUCGCGCAACGACUUUGCAGAGUCUUGCCUAUUUUCUCGCAGCGCACGCGAGCUUUUCCCCAACCUUUUGUUCUAAACAGUCAUCAGGACUCGCGCCUCGUUUCUACCGACCGCGAUCAUGGCGUCUACUGAGGUUUCCGCUACCCGGCUUUACUUGGGCAACCUGCCAAAGGGUGGUAAGUUAUACCGGAUGCUUGCUCGAGCUCAUGUUGCAGUGUAACGGAGCUUCGAGCUAGAUUUUGUGUCGCCCUGUCGUGACUGCUAACUGUCCCGUCUAGCAACCAAGGCCGAUGUGGAAGCCCACUUCGCAACCCAUGGCACUGG